AUGUUUACUAAGGCAACGAUACAGUCGUUUCUGAAUAUCCACAUGAGCAAGUGUACAAAAUUAUGGAAUAAAUGUAAUAGGCCGAAAUCUGCGGAAAUAAUAAAAACAGUUACAUCUUCGAAUCUGGUUACGCCUUGCGCUACAAGAUGGAACUCAUUGUACGAUUCGGUUCAGAAGUUAAUAGAAGUCAAAAACAGAUUAGAUGAACUAUGCUAUAAGUUGGAAAUUUCUACUUUCAAUGAGGAAGAAAUUGAGUAUUUGGAAGAAUAUGCAAAAGUAAUGCAACCUAUCGCAGAAGCUAUCGACUUCCUUCAAAGAGAGCAAAAUAUGUUCUUUGGUUACUUUAUUCCAACUUUACUGUCCAUCAAAAUAAAAAUGCGACGUUUAGCUUCCGAAAACAUGAAAUAUUUGACGGAAACUAAUAUUCAAAUGCAAUCAAAGCUAAUGCAAAGGUUUGAAAAAUAUUUUAGUUUGCACUCUGACUCUUGGGAUGCAGUUAUUGCAGCAAUUCUCAUUCCCGAUAUCAAACUAAAAUUUUGCAAAAGUUUGCUGGAAGUGCUGAUAUACACUCUAGAAGAUGUUCGGGAUAAAUUUAAAGAAUAUGCGAUGGAGUUUAAAAGACAACCGGUAGGGGAAGAUAAUAAUUUACAGCCUUCCAUAAGAGUAAAUACAUCAUUUCUCGAAUUCGAUGAGGAGUCGACAGAUGAAAAUCGGUAUACAUGUUGCCAUGGCGGAGCUAUAGCAACUGAAGUAGUUUUGUACCUGAAUGACGAGGAUAGGAGCAUUGAAGCUUUGCAUCGCUUUCCUACUAUAAAAAAAAAAUGUUUUUAAAAUAUAAUACACCUCUUCCUUCAUCUGCGCCAGUGGAAAGACUUUUUUCCUUUGCUGGGAUUGUCAAUCGAUCGACAAGGCAAAAUCUUUCUGACCAAAACUUUGAAAUGU